GUGGUUAGCCAUUUUGGAUCUGAGAAAUGAAUGAUCGUGUUUCAAAAAUUAUGUUUUCAAUCUACCUGUAAUAAUUUUGUAAAACUUUACUCGUGCAACGCGGUAUACAUUCGUAUAAUUUGCCGGAGCUACCGUUGCAAGUGCUGUUCCGCCGCUGAACAGGCCAAAUUGUGCCUGGAUGAUCAGCUGUCAGGGACCUUUGACGUGUAGAAUACAAACAAAUCUUCUUUUAUCGGUCUGAUAUGCUGUUAGCGCGAUGAACGGAACAUUUUACGAGCAGCUAUCGGGCGUUGCUGGGCUUUUUGAGCAAUGGGGUCCAUGUGAGAAGACUGUGGUGGCAUGCGCCCUGGCAAGGCGUGUGCCUUGGCCUGGGCUAAGGCUUGUGCAGCGCGCUGUGGAGGCUGCCCUGCAGAACCAUGUUGAAGACGAGAGGCUGGAGCACGAGGCCAACGAUGAGUCGAUUCUUGCCAGCCUACUUUCAGCCAGAUGUGAUGAUGAUGAUAAUGAGGGUGCAGAACAGUUAAGGAGGUUGUUGACAUUGCUUCCUUUUUUGAGGACAGACAAUGAGCGAGCAAAAGACAUUUAUGUGACUGCUGCUCAAGCAUUAGUUCAAAGAUGUGUGGAUGCCCCUCGGCGGUCGACAACUGCACCGGACCUAUGCAGGCAGCUACUCUCAUACCUCCUAGUGCACCCAGCACUCACACAUAAUGACCAAAAAACAUUGACACAAUGGCUGCGCCAUCUAGAAAAUCACAUAUCUGGUAACAGAAACACAGAAACAGUGUGGCAACAACGGAUAGACCCCUGCUUAUUAUCAGAUGCAAAUAUUUGGGGAUCAAACAACACUUUUAGGCGGACAAUCGGCAAGAAUGUCGAGUUCAGAGGCUUAGUGGAACCUAUAGAAACUUGUUACACUGAUUUAUUGCAGGAGUCAUUUUCUAAAAAUGGACGAGACGUUGAUAUUAGUAUAGAAGGUGAAAAGCUAAAUUUUGACGCGGCGAUAUCGCAACCGAAGUCACAGAGAUCAAAUAGUUUGACUCCACCUUCGACAAACUUUAUGCAUAUGUCAUCGUCGGCGGAAAAUUUAAGUGACGAGCCCUUUGUACAGAAGCCACGAAGUUUUUCGUUGUCUAGUGAACACAGUUUAAGCCAGUUGCGGCCAAUUAGCAUAAUGUAUGGUACAACGGGGAGUGAGACACGGUUAGAUGACUUAAGGUCACACAACUUCGGGGAACACCCUGGCAUGUCCACAGUGACUCAGUGGCUGAAGAGUUUAAGGUUACAUAAAUAUGUUUGGUUGUUCACAAAUAUCAGUUACGAGCAAAUGAUGUCCAUGGACGACGAAUAUUUAGAAAAAUUAGGUGUAACCAAAGGCGCCCGGCACAAGCUUCUCCUAUCAAUAAAGAAGCUGAACGAACGGUCCGCCAUUUUGGACAGUGUAUCAGCCGAGUUGACAGCGUGUGUGUCUGCGGUGACUUUGGCGCUGGCGCUGGAGCGGCUGCGUGCGGUGCUGCUUAGCCCCAUGCCCGCGUCCUGCGAGUUACCCAAGAUGAUCGUCAGAGCGCUUGAUAUUGCGUCCAACGCGCUGAGCAGCGGCUGCGCGACGGCGGCGCGCGCGCGCGAGGACGGCGACCCCGACCCGGCCGUGGACCCGCUGUCGCUGCACUGCUGGCUCGUCGAGAAGGCGUUGCACCACGAAGCGUUCGUCCAGCCGGAGCUGCAGGAACAUCUGAAGCGGCUGAGGCAUCGUCUGCCGCCGCGACAGUUCUUCCACCACGUCAGCGAUAUGCCGCUCAACAGACGCUGUCCCAAACCAAGAUGGCGCAUGGCCCCGGGCGCGUACCAGAAGGCGCGGCGGUGGGCGGGCCCGGCCUCGCCGCGCGGCAAGUCGCACUCCUACCCGCCCUUCCCGCCCUUCCCGCCCGCCCUCGCGCGCCCGCCGCCGCCGCCCUCCGCCGCGCCCAGCGACGACUACAGCAGCCUCGACGCGCUCUGUCUGCAGAUGACCGAGCAAGCCAUCAACUGAACCGACGACCAGUCGGACGAUCGCUCGGACGAUCUACCCGAAUCGAACAGUGUUGUGUUCAUAUCCGAGUUUUAUAUGUGGUGGACCGAUCGAACUAGCGAUUGAUUUGUAUUUAUUAAUAAACAGUGUUGUGCAAUGGUUGAUUUUAGUGCAAUAAUCUUAGUGCGGUUCUCCAAUCUUGAAUUAUUUAGGGUUGCCAACGUUUAUUUGAAAUUUAUAUUUUGUGGUUUGAGAAUUCAUCUGUUAUGACCGAAAUUUUACACCCGUAAAAAAAAUUGUUAUAAUUAUAUAGUGUACUUGUUAUUGUUUGCGAUCGUACAAUUUUUAAUAAUUGUUCUAAAUCUUGCUGUUGGUGUUCAAUUUUAAAUAUACAUCUAUUAAAAAUUUAGUCAUACCUAAUAAAUUUCUAUUAAAACAGUUUCUCAGACAGUUUUUCAGACAAUUUUUCUAAAGACAUAAUGAAAUGAGCUCACAUAUAAUGUAUAUAUAUUGUGUAAGUAUAUCAAGAAUGUAAUAAAAUGUAAGUAGUACAAAUAUUGUUGGCAACCUGGUAGACAUGAACUGGUUACAAAUUCCACUCUUGCUAAUAUUAGUUGACAUUGCAAUAUGCAUGUUUUUUAUGGAUUUAUUUAUAAAUAUUUAUUUAUACCACAAUGCUUAUCAGAAUAAUGUGCUUAUUACAGAUUGUUUAAUAUCUGUAUGAUGUAUAUUUAUAUUUGACUGGGUUUGCAAUGGGCAGAGCCCUCAUUAUUUUAAGAAUUUUAUUGUAAUUCUUCGCAAUAUUAUAUUUUUUGCGAAAUUUUAUAGUACGUGUAAUAUUGCGACAUUGUGUAGGUAUUCAAUGUUUCGGUCUCAAAACAUGUGUAGGUAUAAUUACAUAAUAUUUUAAGUAAUAGUCAUAUUUAUUUUUUCGAAUUAAUAUAAUGAAGAGCUAGGAAAAUGAUGCCUUAAUUUAACGAAAAUACAUAUAAAAUUCGAUUUUAAGAUGCAUGAAUAUUUGCGUGACCACCUGAUUCCCCAAAGCUAUACUUAAUUUAUGAAUGUUUACAAUAAAUAUAUAGCUGCAUUUUUAAAUGUUAACACAUAAUUUAUUCACCAUUUUUUUGUAAAUAUAAGAUUGUAAGUUACUGUUUAAAUUAUAGUUAAAUCGUUGACAUCGAUCCGGCCGGCCAUCGGUCGUUGUACAAGUACAGACCCGAACUUCCUAGAUUUCUCUGGUGCUAAUUUAGCAACUUUGAUUCCGAGAUAGUCAAUAGUACGAAUGUAGCUAGGGCUAAGGAUAUCAGUUUUGUUGUAUACAAAGCUUGUUACUAGCCAUAUUGUCCUGCGGGACUCGGUUGUGAUGUACCUACCGUCGUCCGCUGCUUCGUAGCUCCGGCCUUCGUCCGCUAGAUGUCGCGCUGUGUCAUCGCGGACCACACGGCCUAACGUUGAAAAACUUAGAUAAAAAUAAUUACGUGUAUUAUAAUGAAUGAUAUUAUUGUUGUCCUGUACAUUGUGAUCAUUGUUGACUAGUUACUUGCACACAACAUCUGUUUCGAACAAUACAAAAGUUAUUAUAUUAGAUGUAACCUGUUGACUGAUGAUUUUAAUUAUUUAUGAUGUUACGUCCUGUUUAUUUAUUUAGUGAGUCUGUAUUUUGACUGGAUCAAAAAUUUUUGAUUGUAAGAUGAGCAGUGUUUUUUAUUUUAAUGUACAAACAAAAUACAUCUAUAAUGAAAUGUUACGAGGAUGUAAAUAUUGUAAUACUUUUCAAUAUAUUUUAAUAUAUUAAGAAAAUUAUUGUUUUGUACAAAUUGAAGGUGUGUUGAUGGACAGACCUAAUUAUAUUAGUGCAAUGAAUUUACUUUGGUUGUAAUGUUAAAAUCAUACUUAUUAUUAAUGACACAGUUCAUUGGUGUUAAUUUAUAUAUUAAAACAUCUAAAUUGUUUUCUAUUGUGUUGCAAUAGUAAACUUUCUGAUAUAAUCAAAUCAAUAUUUAGAAAAUACGUAAAACAAUUUUGUUAUUCUAUCUAUCUUAUUUUGCACUUUCUUCUCACUUCUGUUUACUCUGGACUGUGAUAUGUUUUAUUUUUGGAUCACAAUAUUCAUCAGCACCAAAAAUAAAGAAUAUUGUAUAGUGUAAA